CGGCGACACCACUCAGAAUUCGACUCUUACUAUUUUGGGGGCCUUGCGGAGACUGUGUUAGUGGUCAGGUCUGUUUCUACCUUGAUCAACUAUGACUAUGUGUGGGAUAUGAUCUUCCAUCCCAAUGGGGCCAUAGAAGUCAAGGUCCAUGCCACAGGCUAUAUCAGCUCAGCAUUCCUCUUUGGUGCUGCCCAAAAGUAUGGAAACCGAGUUGGGGAGCACACGCUGGGCACAGUUCACACACACAGUGCCCACUUCAAGGUGGAUCUGGAUGUGGCAGGACUAGAGAACUGGGUCUGGGCAGAGGACAUGGCCUUUGUCCCUACAGCAGUGCCCUGGAAUCCUGAGUAUCAGAUACAGAGGCUGCAGGUGACCCGGAAGCUGCUGGAGACAGAGGAACAGGCUGCUUUCCCCAUGGGAGGUCCCAUCCCCC